AUGCCGUUGACUCCUUUAGGUUACUACAAUGACUUUGAUCUGCACUUCAACAAAAAAUUUUCGGACACAUGUACAGAGGAAGGCUUUCUUUCUGAUCCAUUAGACUGCAGAAUAUUUUAUCGAUGCAUAAAUUGGGGUAAUAGCAAACCGCUAACUAGUUUUAAAUUUAAAUGUGGCAUUGGAACAGUAUUUUCCAGAAGCAUGGGAAAUGUAUGCGUACCUCCUAGUGAAAGUGAAAGAACAGACUGUGCUGAAUCAGAAAACAAAAUAAAGCUUGAUUUACAACAACCUUUCAUACCUACUUUACUAAACAACAAUGAAAUACCACAUGAUAUGUUACAUAGAUGUAGUCAACCAUGGUCAUUUUCUAAAGAAGAAUACAGAUCGGAAAUAUUGCCUCUAACAUCCGACAAUAAUUUGAUGGGAGAAAUUUCUGAUGCUUGCUCUCAUGAAGGAUUUUUUUCUGACUUAAAAGAUUGCCGAAAGUUUUAUCGAUGUGUUCCAGACCAAUUCGGUUAUAGAAAAUUUACAUUUUAUUGUGCUCAUGGUACAGCGUGGAAUCAAAGCGAACAAACUUGCAAUUAUGUUACUCAAGUUUUAACAUGUCAUUUUAGUAAUAAUAUACUAACUGAAAGCAAUUUUCAAACCUUAGAAGAGAAUAUGGUGACAUCUACUUUUUAUCCUAUUAAAAAUACUAUUAAUAUGGAUAUAACUAGAUAUAAGAAUAAAAAAUUGACGACAUUACGGUAUUCGCUAUCAUCAUCUAAACAUAACGAGAGUAAUGGUAUCGAUUCUAUUAACAGUAAUAUUACAACAUUCAAUGAAUCGUGUUUUUUUAAUUGCGAAUUUAAUAAUGGUAUUGUUUGUAACAAUCCGGGAUUUUAUGUUCAUCCUACAAAAUGUAAUAAAUUUUAUCGUUGCGUUGACAACGGAAAUGGAUUUAAUAUAUACUAUUUUGACUGUCCACCUGGAACAAUAUUUGAUCCUAGUCUUAAUGUCUGUAACUAUCCUGAAUCAAUUUAUCCACCUAGAAAAUGCAAACAACAUAUUUUCACGUCUAUUGAACCAUCUUCAACAAAUUCUGUAUUUACAACAUUGAAAUCUCAAGAGGUGACAACAACAGCAUCCAUCACAGAAUACACAACUUCAAAAACAGAAAUUAAUUCUUCUGUAUUAACAACAGAUGUGUCGAAAUCAGAGUCUUUCACAGAUGAAUCUUAUUUGUCUACAGAGAAAAUAUCAUCUUUUUCUACGAUAUCAAGUUCUGAAAAAGUAGAAAUUGAAGAAUUAUCAAACACAGUAACAACUAACAAUUAUAAAACUACUUCACAGAUUUUUGAUACUUCAAUUUCAACAGAGAUAGAUAAAAUGACUGAUACUACAAGAGGUUUAACAAUAAAAGAAACUACUAUAAUGAGAACAGCAAUGCCAGUGGAAAAAUCAACUUUUUCAGAAUUAAUGGCAACAACGACAGCAGAUGUUAAAACAACACCAAAAUACAACGUGGAAAUGUCUACUGGUGUAACAGAAUCAGUCACAAAAUUUGAAGAACUCGCAACAAAUGGACUUUUACCUUCCGAAAAUGAUUUUUCUAACUGUCCAAUUUCUUCAAACCUUACUGAUGAACAAGUGCUUCUAAUAUGUCCAACAGGAUUUAAGCGUCAUCCUAAGUUCUGCAAUAUUAUUUACCAGUGUACUACAGAAGACAACUCACAAAUUAAGCUUUUAACACUUCGUUGUCCUGAAAAUACCAUUUUUGAUGAAACUAAAGUACAAUGUGUUCCAGAAUCUGAAAGUUCCCAACCUUGUAAGGGAUCUAUCAACUAUGACAGAACUUAUCGACGAUCAGAUAGCAAACGUUUAUUAAAUAUUAAAGUAUUUUCUGAAACAAUAUGUCCAGAGGAAGGUUACUUUCCGUUUCAGAGUGGAUGCAGUAUUGCUUUUUUUAAAUGUGAGCUUAAUUCAAGAAAUAUCAUGCAGGGCUAUUUAUACAAAUGUCCUGCUAGUUUUGUAUACUGGACAAUUUCCAAGCGCUGUGAACGAGUAUCUUGGUUAAAAACAUGUACACCGUCAAGUUAUGAAGCAGAAACUAUAUUUUGGGAAAAAAGAUGGGAUGUUCCUAUAGCAAAUAAUAAUUCAUAUACAUAAAAAUAUUUAUUUGAUAUAAAAAAUACUGUCGUUUCCAUUGUGUACAAUCUAGGGUCUAUAAUACUUAUCUAAACCAAACAAAAAAAGUUUUUUCUUCAAUCAAUUCAAUAAAUUGUACAAUCGUACAAUUUUACAUGAAUUUUAAAAAAAA